CGGUGGUGCCAGGUUCCCCCGGGGCACGCAGCGGGCCUGAGAAGGAGCCAGCUGUGGGCUCGGCGGGAGAGGGGCCUGUCCCGGGUGGGUGUCCGGUUCCACCAGUGCUUCAUGCCGAUCGGGCACAAACCAGGGGCUGUUUGUAUUUACCUCUUCCCCUCCCGCCCCCGUGCGCCGCGGGGUAAAGGCGAUGCCUGUUCCGCGAUGGCGGCUGGGCGUGAGGGCCGCGGCCUGGCUGGGAGCACGGCGGCGGCUGGAGCUGUGCGGCGCCGGGGAGCCGCCGUGAGGCAGCCAGGCGGGAAGGCCAUUUUACCUGCUCAGGUUAUUAGUGCUUCUGCGGGAGGCGGGUGAGGAGAGUAACGGGGCGAGGAAGAUGGAGGGCAGGAAAUGGCAGUUUUGUGUUACUGCUGCUACGGUGCAGGUAGGAGCCCAAGUCAUGAGUGUAAUCUUGGCUACCCUUGGUGGUGUUCGGAUACAAGCCCUUGUUGGGCUCCCCAGGAACCUUUGUGGCUAAGGAGGUAGAGAGGAGGAGCCUGAUGUUGGAGACGUCGACUGAGAGAGGCUUGGUGACAGCCUGCCCGUCAAGGAAUGAAAGAAAGAGAUUAUCCGACAAAAGAAAACAGCAGGGUUGGCUGCUCUGUUAGGGAAGAGAUAGUUCAGAUGAGAAAGAUUUUAAAAAUAAUUGUAUUUCUGGACUUUUUCAAACAUCGGUUGACAGUGGGAUAGUGUGAAAAGGUGGUCACCGACAUGAAAUUAAAAUAAUUGUGAUAGGAGCUGGGAACAAAGUGGAGUUCGGGAGUUUGGUCUGAGCUGGGAUGGGAGCUUAGGCCUUAGGUGGCCAGAUAAAACCAGUAAAUCAUUUAAGUGGAAGGAAGUGAAUAAGGACAGAACCCCGAGGGAUGCUGGUGGGGCCAACAGGAGCAGCUAAAGGAGCGGUUAUUGAGUUGGGAGGGGAACCAGAUGAACUGCAGAAGAGCUGAGAACUGACAAGAAGCAGUGAUGUAGGGCACCCCAAACCAACUGUUGAUUCCAGAACUGCACAAAGGUGGAAGGGGGCCAUAAAUUACUUGCUGAACAAGCCCAGUUGUCAGUUUAAGCAAAUGGAAACUAAGCUGCAACAGAUCAAAUGCAAGUACUUAAACUUCCUCUCCUCUCACUGCCAGAGAGGAAUAGGGGCACGGAAUAUGUGGGAGAACAACUUUGUAUCACAUCUUUGAAACAGAACAACAGCACAGUGGAAACCCAACUCAUACAAAAAAUAGGACAAAAGUGGUUCCCUUCUGGGUCUGAGAUGCUUCUUGGACUAUGCUUCCUUCCCAACAGGAGCAGUAUGGCAUAGGUGUAAGCUACUGAGACUGGAGCAUUAAUGCCCUUCAUCCACUGCUUUGUGUAGUGCUGCUGCAGUUACCACUGUGAGCAUGUACCCUGAAGUAACAGCUCUUCCCCCUGUUGCAGUAACAAGCGACUUGUGGCCUUAGUGCCAAAUGACACUUCAUUCAACACCAGACGAGCCUACACCAGUGAAGAUGAAGCCUGGAAGUCGUAUUUGGAGAAUCCCCUAACAGCAGCCACCAAGGCUAUGAUGAGCAUAAAUGGUGAUGAGGACAGUGCUGCUGCUCUUGGCCUAUUGUAUGACUAUUAUAAAGUUCCCAGAGAUAAAAGGCUGUUGUCUGUUAACAAAGUGAGUGAUAAUCAAGAAGACCAAGAUAAAAGAAAUUGUCUUAACACCACAGAAGCUCAGAGUAAUUUGAGUGGGGGAGAGAACCGUGUGCAAGUCCUGAAGACGGUGCCGGUUAACCUUUCCUUGAAUCAAGAUCCUUUGGAGUCAUCCAAAAGGGAAUACAACACAAAUGUGUCUGGGAGCUCAACACCCAUCACUGGGACUGGAGUGACUGUGGUUAAAGCAGAGGAGUUCACCCCUGUUUUCAUGACCCCACAAGCACACUAUGCAAGAGGAGAAAAUGAGGAGCACCGAGGUGUUAUCUUUGAACCAUAUGAAGUGUCCAACAUUGCUUCCCACACAAAUUAUCUCAAAGAAGACCAGCGCAGUACUCCUGACAGUACGUACAGCGACACCUUCAAAGAUGGAGGAACAGAAAAGUAUCGCAGUGUGUCAGUGGGGGCUGAAGAAUAUAUUUAUGAACAAACAAGCAGCACUUUUCAGUACACGCUAGAAGCUACCAAAUCUCUGCGUCAGAAGCAAGGGGAGGGGCCUAUGACCUACUUGAACAAAGGACAGUUCUACGCCAUCACCCUGAGCGAGACGGGUGACAACAAAUGUUUCCGUCAUCCCAUCAGCAAAGUCAGGAGCGUGGUCAUGGUUGUUUUCAGUGAGGAUAAAAACAGGGACGAACAGCUGAAAUACUGGAAAUACUGGCAUUCUCGGCAGCACACAGCUAAACAGAGGGUCCUCGACAUUGCUGAUUACAAGGAAAGUUUUAAUACCAUUGGGAAUAUUGAAGAAAUUGCAUUCAAUGCUGUGUCCUUUACCUGGGAUGUCAAUGAGGAGGCAAAGAUUUUCAUCACAGUGAAUUGCUUGAGCACAGACUUCUCCUCUCAGAAAGGAGUAAAGGGUCUUCCUUUGAUGAUUCAGAUCGAUACAUACAGCUACAACAACCGCAGCAAUAAACCCAUCCACAGAGCCUACUGCCAGAUCAAGGUUUUUUGUGACAAGGGAGCAGAAAGGAAAAUCAGAGAUGAAGAAAGGAAGCAGAACAGGAAGAAAGGCAAAGGCCAGGCAUCUCAAGCCUCGUGUAAUAACUCAGCGGAAGGGAAGUUGAGUGCACUCCCUCUGCAAAAGAAGAGCGAUAUCACCUUCUUCAAAACAAUGGCUGACCUGGAUUCCCAGCCAGUUCUCUUCAUACCGGAUGUUCACUUUGGAAACCUACAAAGAACUGGACAGGUUUACUAUAAUACAGAUGAUGAGAGAGAAGGUAGCAGUGUCCUGGUCAAAAGGAUGUUCCGGCCUGUGGAGGAGGAGUUUGGUCCAUCCCCUUUGAAACAAAUGAAAGAAGAAGGCCUGAAAAGAGUGCUUUUGUAUGUGAGGAAGGAGACAGAUGAGGUGUUUGAUGCUUUGAUGCUGAAAUCACCCACAGUAAAGGGGCUAAUGGAAGCGAUCUCUGAGAAAUAUGGGCUGCCAGUUGAAAAGAUUGCAAAACUUUAUAAGAAGAGCAAAAAGGGUAUCUUGGUAAACAUGGAUGACAACAUUAUUGAGCACUACUCCAACGAGGACACGUUCAUCCUGCACAUGGAGAGCAUGGUUGAAGGUUUCAAGAUCACACUGACAGAAAUUUAGCCUCAGGCAGAGCCUUUUUGUAAGGAACCACAGCAUUUCAUCCUUCUUGGAAAGCAGAAGAUUCCACAGGAACUUGACAGACAUUGAUCAGAGAAACUGUUACAAGACUGCUUUGAAAAUACUGUCCAUUCUGCAUAUGUCCACCCACUGCGUAUAGGCUUGGGUUUGUCAGGCACAAGGCCACUCAUGUUAACCUGGUCCCUUAUUUAUUGUUCCCCACUCUCUAAUGUAUAAGCAGUUAUCAGCCCCCAGAUUUGUAACCAGAUGACCCACUGCAAACAUGAAAUGCAGCAUUUUAAUCCAUACUUUGGUGUGGACAAGCUCAUUCUAAAACAUGUUAAGGAACCAUACUGGUCUAGUUUCAGAAACCUGGUGUAAAUCACUUUAUCAGUAGUUCUCUCCAUUGUUGCUAAAAAACUGGUGCAGUGCUAAACAUGAGAAAAGUGGCUAACAGAAUUCACUCAGACUGGUCCAUAUCUCUCUCUAGUGUAUAGUCUUGCCAAAUACCUCUGGUAGUUCUCAGCACGUAGCAAUGAGGACUUGUAAGUAAGGCAUUCAGCUACAAAUGUCACUUGUAAGUAAAUGGUAAAGAAACCAUUUUAACCUUGUAUAUAAUGUUUAUAAUAUGCAAUAAUAUAUUUUAACUACUGUAUGCAGGCAUGUUUACUGCCACUAUGUUUUUGUAUGUAUUUGGUUUAGGGUUUAACAGAAUCUUUCCCAGAGGAUUAGAUUGCUGAAAUCCGUUGAGGAGUGUGUAGUGAGAAGCUGAUAACUGCAUCUGCACCCAUAUGCUCCACCUUUGCCCACCCAGUUUGAUAGUGCUACAGGAUCUGGAGUGUUCUGGCACAAUGGUACCCACCUUAGGUGCCCAAGCCCCAGCUGCAGAUCCCCGAGUGUCCCAUCUAGCUGUCACCAAAUCCAAGAGGCACCAUGUGUCUGCUGCCUGGUGUGCCUAGAGAUACAGAAGGGAUUUCUCCUGUUCUGUUGAUGAAAUGGAGGAUCUCAGAGUGGGCUUUUCUCAAGCCUGUGGAGGGAAAGGUGCUCUUUGCAGCAGCCUGCUCAUUAAAGCAUUCCUUUAGACUGUAAGAAACAGGACUUAAAACUCUCCUUAAGGGUACUUGCUCUUGUAUCUCCAUCGAAUGUUUCUGGUUUGACUCUUAGGACAGGUGGGUGAGGUAUAAACCUGGGCAUGAUCUAAAUAUUUUAUCAAAACUGGAACAAUUUUACCAGUAGAGACUGAAUAUCCCACAACUGAGGUGUGGAGAUUGGUCUCUCUCACAAGGGCUGAAUCUGAACCCAAGUCGAACUACAGGGUUAUCCUGUCAAAUUUCACCACUGUCUCAUGAGUUCUGUAAAGAGAGAAAAUGGUGCAUGCUAAAAUCAUAAUAGGAAAGGGGUUCAAGGCCCAAAUGUGUCUGUUCUGUCUCCCUCCCUCUUCCUUUGUCAUGUGCUCUUUCUCCUUUUGAUGAAGAGUUUGGUAGUAAUUCCCUUUUCAUAAAUAUGCACUCCAGCAAAGAUGCUCUUGCUACCCUGCUUAAAAACAGACAUCCUGGGAAUUAAUACAGGGGAUUUAUGGUGAUUCAGUUUGUUUCUGUUUGUCUCAGACUGAGAUAAAAUGUCUAUGCUGACUUAGCCCAGAUACUUUUUCCUAAAGAAAAACAGAGGACAGUUUUGGCAGAUGUCAUUAGGAACUGGGACCAGCACACAGGACUGGUGAGCACUGGUGUUAGUUCUUGUAUUUCUGUUUUUUUUUGAUGGUGUUUGGGAUCCUAAGAAUAGCAGCUGGGUUCUCUCAGUUGGUCAUCAUGUCUGGGCAGAAGCUGCAGGUGAAGCAUAGGAGUAAAUGUAUGCAGGAGUUGAGCCCUGGUUCAGCACUCAACCCUGCCAUCCAAGCUCUCUUGCUUAUAGGGAAUGUUUGUGGCAUCUGGGGCUGGCCCGGGUUGGGAUGUGCUGCAUUAAGAGAGAACAGUGAGAAUUUGGGGUUCACAAAGAAGGACACAGAUGUCCUGGCAGCACCAGCACUCAGGUAAAUGGGACAUUCUUGUCUUACACAUGGGUAGAGACAUGCUGGGAUCUGUUGGAUGCUUCAGCAUCUUGUGCCGAGGAGCAGUGUAGGAUCAGAAAGAAAUGCUGAGGCUGAAGGAGCUCUUUUCAUUGCCAUUUCAGGAGCUUUUGAUCAGGUGCUGUGCAGGGAAGGAAGGUUGCUUCCAAGAUUAAUUGGAAGCUUUUCUAAAUCCAUCUUAAAGUGUGUGAAUUCCUCGUACAAAAGAACUUAUACUUCUGCCUUCAGUUCCUUCUUACAGUCUCAAUGAAGGUAGCAGGGUUGAGGAAGAUGAGUAGGAUUUACCCUUAUAGUAAAUUUAUUUUAAAAAUAACAACUAGAGCUAGUUAAAGACGGUCUCCCUUAACUUUAUCUGCUGGGAUCUGAGAGCUUAAUUUCUCUGCUCCAGAUGCAGAUGCAUUGUGAGAACCUAAGACAUUAGAAACAGCACAUCCCCUUGCACCCCUUCAGUUGUAGUUGCAGCAUCAGCUGCUGCAGGAGCACGUGAACCCUUGAUGCUGGUCCUGGCAAGCUACAAGCUCUGAGGGUUCACCUUGUUGGUCAAAACCAGUCUAUCAGACUGAUAGGGAAGGGCUAGGAAGAGUAAUGCAAACUUCUGAAGCAGUGGCCUGCCUCAUGCCCUGCUUGAUUUAAAGUUCUUGAGGAGUGCAAAGUGCCGGCAUGUAUAUUGUUUAGAAUAUACAUGUUGCUUUUGUUUAAUGAAAAAUAUUGAUUAAUGCUGGAUCUUCCAAAUAUGAGUUAAAUGGAAGUAGCAUUUGGCUGCUGUUCAGCAAGGGACAGGAAUAUCUGCCUUGCUUCCUUUGUCUCUUCAUGGCACUACUGUGGCUAUUUAUUUAAAGGAACAAAACUCCUAUUUCCUUUUCUUCCUCAAGACAGUAAUCUUGAAUCUGAACCAGUGCAGCCUGAAGGGUGGCUUUCUUCUCAGCUUGUUUUCCCUAUGAAGAAUUAGAGCAGUGCAGUGUCUGUAGAUGUGUAUUGAGAGACUGACAGAGAUGUGCAAAAGGAAAAUAGUCUUUGAAGCUCUAGUUUUCAUCCCUGCUACAGAUUUGGCACCAUGUCCGUCCAUUUGAUGUUUUAUUAUGAAACCCCAAACCUCAAAUUUUAGUUUCUUUCUACAUAAUCAGCUGCUGAUAUCCCCAUAGUCAAGUUGCAUCCUUGCAGUGAAGCUUUGUUGAUGUACAGGGGUAUCUCCAUCAAGACAUUUUGGAGGAUUUUUACCACCAAAUGUAAACUACCAAGAAGAGCUCUUUUUUCUUUCCUGUGUAUCCUCUCAUGAAGUUUUUGGUCAAUGGAAUUCAGAGAUCAAGUGUCUUUCUUGUAUAUUUUCCUCUUUCAGUCUAUGAAUUGUUUAAAUGUUGUAUUUAAUUCAAACAGUUAGCAAAAACUAAACUCUCCAGCGGUCAGAGAUGCUGUAUAUUGAUUGAUAUGAACAGGACAGGAGUACCUUAUGACUUUUAAAAUGUAAAGCUUAUGAAAUGUUUAUAUGCUCUUCCAUUUCCUAUGAAUUGAGACAAGAUACAAACAAGAAUGUUUGUGCCAAAGUUUGUGACAAGCCUUCUUUCUGGCAAGCAAGGAAACUAUGUAUAAAUAGCAUGCUUUUAUAUUAAGCAAAUAGCUCAUGUAACUUAAUAGCGUUGCAAGUGGGAGAGGGGUUUGAUAAACUGUAAAUACAGUUAUUUUAUUUUUUGUACAUUUUUAAGGAGGAAAAAAAUAAAUAUUCCUAUGUAUGAGAGAA